AUGUCGAACAUUAUCUCUACAAGGUUGUCUGAUGUCACCGCCAAUGACAAAUUCACCCUCGAUUUAGUGGACUUUGCCAAUCUCUUCGAAUAUGCCAGCAGCUGCUUAUCAAGGAUUCACCGAGUGCUGGAGCAGACGAAGGACAAUACAUCGUGGAAAGUUCACAAGCAUAUCGGCAUGUACCUCAACUGGGAGGCAGAGGCCUUUACCAUCCCUUGGAUCACAUUUUGCACCGGGUUGAGCAUCAACCCACUGUUAUCGCACAAUUUACGGUAUCUCAUCGGCCUCCUGGCGAUGAAACAGCUGAAGAUGCUUGAGAGCUACGCUGAUGUGUAUGACUCGUUCAUGACCUUGCCGGUAGACCCGCCGGCAACAUGGAUGAGAAGCUGUGAAGGCAACACAUAUGAGCAUGCUUGGUGGCUGGGUCCUCUUGACACCAAACCCAACGAGGUGUUCUUCAACACUUACCCAAACUGCGUUGAAGUGAAGGAACUCUUCACUGAGCAUUUUUUACAAUUGCCUGAGGGGACCGCGUUCCUCACGCCGGCAACCUUGAUUGAACCCAAGAUCAUGCCAGUGGCUCAGCAAGUGUCUACCAUUCACGCCGAGGUCCAGCAGGAAGGUAAUCAUCUUCUAAAAAUGAUUGAAGACAAGGUUAUAGAAGCAAGGAUAGUGGCUGCAAGCUUGAUGCAAAUGGACAGUCUCCUGGGUCGGGAUGUUGGUGAAGCCAUCGCCGUGACGGAAAGACUUAGCUCCCAAGGCAUUCAGGGACAUCUUGCCUUUGAUGUAUCCGACGUGGCUAACAUAUUCGAAUAUGCCGGUUCCAGAUUACUAGCAAUCUGGACAAUGCUGGAAUCCAGGCGGGGUGUCAUAUCGGCGGAGGGUCGCAUCAUUUUGAAUGAGUACCUGAACUGGGAGGCAGAGAAUCUUCACAUCUUCCUUGGCAUAUUCAGGACUGGCACAGUCCGACACGUCGCCAAAGAAAUGUACUCGGCAUUUAUGAACAUUCCGGCAGAACCAUCAAGUGCUUGGGUGACAAGUCAUGUAGUGCAGAGCUACAAGUUUGCUUGGUGGAAUACUGCCUUUGACAUGACUCCUAACAAGGCUUUCAUCGGCGUGCAUCCAAGCAGUCAUGAACUGUGGGAGAUCCUGUUCGAUCACUUCGGGCAACUUUUAAGUGUUCAAUUGUGA